AGAUCAACUUCACUCAAAUCACCAAUACUUCCAUAGAGUUAAUUCAAGCCCAAUCUUAGACCUUUUUUUCUUUAUUGUGCCCUUUUGAGUUUCGUCGUCAACUGCUAUGGCAAAGCACGGUGGACUUGCUUGCUUUGCUCUAGUCAUCUUGUGCAUGGCGGUCUUGGUUGUGCCCCAUGCAGAGGCCAUAACAUGCGGCCAAGUAUCGGGCGCGGUGGCGCCGUGCAUUGGCUACGUAAAGAAUGGUGGAGUAGUGCCACCUAGUUGUUGCGGUGGGAUUAGGUCCCUCGUCGGGGCAGCCAAGACACCUGCUGAUCGGAGAACUGCUUGCAAUUGCUUGAAGGCAGCUGCCGGCAGAAUUCCGGGCCUCAACCCUGGCCUGGCUGCUGGACUCCCGGGCAAAUGUGGCGUCAGGGUUCCUUUUCCAAUCAGCACCAGCGUCAACUGCAACACGGUGGGUUGAGGCGAGCUAGCUAUCUCCUUCUACUUUUGACUGUACAAGAGCUAGAAGAUGUACUAGUCGGAAUAUCUCUAAAUAAGAUGGAUAUUAGGCCAAGCCCUUAGGCUUACCCAAUGCCCAUGCCCCAUUGAGAGUUGUCUCUCUUUAUUAGUAGUAUCUUGUGUUUAUGGUGUCAUGUGUGGACAGUGGACACCACCAGACAGAUGCAUGUUACCAUAUUUACCCGUUUGAUGGUAUGUGUCCUCUCUUGUUAUUAAUGUAUUGUACCGAGUGGUUGGCAUAGUUGAUUGAUCCUCGAACCUCGUUUGCUUUCA